AUGUCUGAUCGCACUCACCCUACCUCUUUCCAAGCAAGACCUCCCUCGCCCCCCUCUACAGCCGCCGAGUCUCAGAAAGAGAAUCUUCGGCUGCCCAUCUUCUCAGACCACAUCCCUCAAACCCCGACAUCUCCUCCGUUGAUGUCGGUUAGCGAUCAAAGUCAUGCCUCCGACUUCACAUCCUCGCAUACAUCUUCGAAUCAGGCGACGGCCCAACCUCCGAAUAUCUCCUCACCUCCGUCCUCGGCGCCAAUGUCUACCCAAGCCUCACAGCAGCCAGCAAUGAGUACCGCCACUUCAUUUCCCACCCCUGCUAGCAGCGUGAGUGGUCAACCUAUGAAUGCGACUUCGGCGGGGGAUACGGAAAACGGCAGAAAACCCGAGGAUAUGGGGAUGCACGGUUCGGCUGAAAACCCGGGAACAGGUCCCGAUCAACAAUCAUCAGAGCACACACACACAAAUCAUAAUCGACAGAACUCGCAACUGAACGGCAACAACUACCCUGUCACCGAGAAGGGUCAGACCUCGGCAGACCCCGAUGCCAUGGACGUGGAUACAGACUCUUCCCGUCGGAUAGACCCCGGCAAUCUCUGCCUGGAGUCUCUUCAGAAAGAGCUCACCUCGGCUUUUCAUCUUUGCAAGAGCUCUCCGAUCGUCACUGGUCCGGAUCCUUCGGUGGAUCUCGUCUCCCUCUAUGGGCUAGGUUCAGUCGCGCACUCGGUAGCACGCAUUGAUCCCGUGACGGGGGAAAAGAUCAAUCGGCUCAGGAAGUCAUACGAGGGAAAACUGAAGGGAUUGGGACUAGCCGGGCGCAACAAAUCGAUCAAGCAGGAAAUUGGUCAACCUGGGAGCUUGCGGCAUUUGACAAUGUGGCCCGAGGAAGAGUGGCAGAACCAGAAGGUGCAUGGCAAGCCAAUCAAAGUUUCGGACAUGGACGCGGCGCUUCAGGAUCUCCAUGCAAAGGCCAUGCAAAUGGAACCUGGUCCUGUUCGUAACAAUGACUUCUGGGAAGAUGUUCUGGGGCAUGAGAAGCCUGCGAAACACCCAGCGCCAGGCGAGGCAGGUAAGAAGGCUGCUCCAGUUGCAAGUGGCGGUCGUUCGUCCGGUCAAUCAUAUGCCGCACCGCAAUCCCAGGAGGCAGAGCGUCCCCGGGCCAGCAGAGGACGCAAGAGACAUUACGAUGACAACAGCUUUGCCGGUUACGGCGAAGGAUAUGUGGACGAUGACGAAGACCCCGGAUUCUACUCAAAUGGCGAGGGAUCCGGGAAAAAGAAACGCAAGAAGGUACGAUUUCGAACCCCAGACGGCCUCGGAACUUCGAAUUAA